AUGCUGUCACAACUGCGUGUCUACUGCAUCGGCUUGUUGGUGUUCCACUCGGUGCUCUCCGAUUUUACCCUACUCACAUUUGAUCAUGCCACACCGGAUCUAUAUGUGGCGAAAGUUUGUGGUUCACAUCCGCUCAGCUCUGUACUCGAAAAGAUUGGAACAAAACUAGUGAGUCAAAGAGAAGUCGUCAGGAUGCUGGCAAAAAUAAGGGCGAAUUAUCCAAAGUUAUGGAGAGGUUAUCAAACUGCCCUGACGAAGUACACCAACUGCAAACUGAUGCAAGGAGCUGGUACACUUGGAUAA